AUGACUUUAACAGCAAUGAUUCACAUCAGCCCACCAAGCCCACCAGCCGACGCUACCGAAGCAAACUCUACUGCCAAAUCUACCCACACUAUCCCACGGGCUGUUGCUGCCGAAGCACCUGCAGCCGAUUCUCUCAGCCUUGCCGAUUUUGUCGGCGCUGCCGCUUCCAACACUGCGCCUACCGUGUCUAACCAGCAUUGCCCCCUUGACAAAUUUUCCCGCCUGGCCUGGUCGGCCUGGUGUCCAGCCCAUUUCUGGACAAUCAAGACGCCACAGAAUUGCUCUUGGGCAUGGAGAAAGAUUCUAAAGCUCAGAUCCGAAUGGCAUGACAUUGUGUGGUUCAAGAAUGCUGUUCCAAGACAUUCGUUUCUUCUAUGGGUGGCUGUCCAACAGAAACUCACAACUCAAGAUAGACUUCAUCGAUUU